AUGACGAAAAAAAUGAUAGAGCAAGUCAAACUAGUUUACCUGCUUCCAGGUGACAUCAAGCCCACGCUGUGUAAUAAGCAAUGCAUACUGCCUAUCCCUCGGUUGCAAACAAAUUAUGCUGAUUUAUAUGGCGUCAACCGCAGGGAUCUAGUUUACAGAGAAAACUUCGAAAGUCGAAGUGUCGAUAAUUUAUUGAAAGAAGAAGAAGAAGAAGAAGAAGAAGAAGAAGAAGAAGAAGAAGAAGAAGAAGAAGAAGAGAAGCAGAAGAAGAAGGAUGUUUCACCUCCACCGGUAUUUUCAAGGAACUUUCAGGCGUCGUUACUUGGCCAGGAACAAAAUAGUAGCAGUAGUAGUAGUGGUAGUGGUCGUAGUAGUAGUAGCAGUAGUAGUAGUAGUAGCGGUAGUGGUAGUAGUAGUGGUAGUAGCAGUAGCAGUAGUAGUAGUAGAAGUAGUAGUAGUAGUAGUAGUAGUAGCACUAGAAAGAGUAGCAGUAGUAGUAGUAACAGUGGUAGUAGUAGCAGUAGCAGUAGCAGUAGCAGUAGUAGUAGUGGUAGUAGCACUAGAAAGUAG